UACGCAUCUUGCGGGGGGGGCGGAGGUUAUUGUAGGCGAGUUAAUAUAAGGGGCGAGCAAGAAGUUUUAUUUCCAAGUGUGGACGGGGGAGCCGGGGCUGUUCCCCCUCCCCGGGAGCACCCAGGCGGGCUUCACUCUUUUCUUGAAAACCAGAGAGGUGGGGGGGGAUCUUUCUCUCCCCCCCCCCCAUCUUGACCUAUUUGUACCAGCAUCAUGACGGAGCUAAGCGAAAAGGAGAAUGACCCCCAAAACCCAGACGCCCAGCGGUCCCCGGGCACCAUCUCCAGCCUUCACGAAACGAAGAUGCAGAGGCUUAAGCGCUCCCUGUCCCUCAAGACCAUCCUGCGUAGCAAGAGCGUGGAGAACUUCUUCCUGCGAUCCAACAGCGAGCUCACACUCCCCUGCGAGGUGCUGCUCAGCCCCCCAACGCCCUUGCCGCCCCCGUCCCCCCCGCCGAUGCCCACCGAGGCCGUCCUGCCCCGGGCCGAGCGGUCGCCCAUCGCCUGCCACCAGACCCUGGCGCCCCUCAAGCCCCUGCGAACACACAGCUUCCAGGAGCACGUCUUCAAGAAGCACAGCCCGUGCCAGAUGUGCCGCCAGCUCAUCGUAGGCAAUUCGAAGCAAGGCCUGCGGUGUAAAACGUGCAAGGUUAGCGUGCACCUGUGGUGCUCGGAGGAGGUCUCGCACCAGCACUGUCCCGGCAAGACGGCCACCUCCUUCCGACGCAACUUCAGCUCCCCUCUCCUGGUGCAGGAGCAUCAGCAGGGCAGCUCCAAGGAGUCACCCCCUGCAGGUCCCAGCGGGAAGGUGGAUCCCAUCUACGAGACGCUGCGUUAUGGCACCUCGCUGGCCCACCUGAACCGCUCCAGCUUCAGCAGCACCUCGGAGUCACCCACCAGGAGCCUGAACGAGAAAGAGGAGGCCGGGGAGGACGCAGACGGCAGCACGGAGGAGAGCCACGGUGACAGCAUGUUCACGGCCUGCCCCGAGGGUGAAGGUCCCGGCUCAGAGGAGAAGAGCCCUGAGCAGCAGGCUGCCGGGGGCUCCUCGCGGAAGGACGUCUCCCCCAUGUACUCCUACGUGGCUCUCUACAAGUUCCUGCCCCAGGAGCACAAUGACCUGCCCUUGCAACCCGGAGACAGGAUCAUGCUGGUCGAUGACUCCAAUGAAGACUGGUGGAAGGGCAAGAUUGGCGACCGGGUGGGCUUCUUCCCGGCCAACUUCGUGCAGAGAGUGCGCCCGGGCGAGAGCAUCUGGAAGUGCUGUCGGCCCUUCUACGGGAACAAGGAGCAGGGACAGAUGAGCCUCAAGGAGAGCCAGAUCUGCGUUGGUGUGGGGAAGAGCAAGGAGACUGAGGGCUUCCUCAAGGUGACCAGUGGCAAGAAACGAGGCCUGGUGCCCGCCGACACCCUGACGGAGAUCUGAAGGGAUCAACUGAGCCGUCUGACCCUCUUUCUCCUGGCAGCGGGGACAGGGCCUCUGUAGCCCGCCCCAGCCCAACAUUCACUAGCCUGCCCUUCACCGCUUCCCUGUGCUAGGAGCACCUCAGCUAAUAUUGUUUCCACACUGGACUCAGAGGGGUUUCUUCUGAGGCUGACUACUCCCAGGUUGGCACCAAUGCCAUCUUGCUGGCCAGCAGAGGGCAGAAGCGGGGUGGGGGAUUAAUUCCCACCCUCCUGUCUAGGCUGAGCCUGCCUGAUCCUACCCCCUCCGGCUUUGUUUUUGUAGCAGGGGUGACGGAUUCCCCAGCAGCACACGUGUCAAUAGCCCCGCAGCGCAGCAAAUGGCAGGAGAUUCCCCCGGCUGCAUCUAACCUUUCUCCCCAUCCCCGCCUCUGUCUUUUGCCUGGUGGGCAGCACUCCCUGGACUGAGCCAUGAGCCGGCUGCAGGAAGAUGACUCCAGAUCCAGCUGGCUGGGAUGCCACAGGGAGGGGGCCUCAAUCGCUCAUAGUGCCCCCCGGCUCCCAGUAGAAGGACACUGCUGCCCACGCCGUCCCGCAUGCGUAUAAUGUGUGGAAACCCAACGGCUCCUGGCUGGCCUUGUGGCUCCGAGGGGCAUGUGGACUGUGUGUCGCGUCCGUCUGUCUGUCUGUGCGUGUAUCCGUGUGUUAGUUUAAUCGCGAGACCUCUUGGAAACCACGCGAAUUUGUCCGUUAACCACUCAGGGCCGGGAUCGUCCGUGUCAAAGCAAGGGGGCAGGCCUGCGUCUUUGGUGUGACCGAGGGGGAGGCGGGGGGGCUUUCUCAUGACUCGGCUCUUCCUCCCUGGAGGUUUCUUCGGCACCGGUGGCUCCUCCGUGGACUCAUUUACCCGACCUCAGGAAUCUUCGGCCAGAUCCACGGGAGACUCAGAGCGCGAGGCUUUCCCGGGCCUCUGUUAUCCUUGGGGACCCAUCCCUCUCUCCAGGGCAUUCCCUGCCCAUGCAGGGUCACUGCCAGCUCCUCCUCCCUCACCCCAUGGGCUUUGCCAUCCCUUCCCUUGGCGGGCUGUGAACACCAUCAGCCAUUUCCCUGGCCUGCUCCAGGCCAGCUCUCUGGGCUUGCCCGCUGCUGGUCGUUCAGAGGGGGCGGGCACCGGGAGGGGGAGGGGUGGUGCAUUGCUUCCCCUCCCGUGUUCGAGCUCUUUAGGAUGCCAGUCCUCGUCUCUUCUCUGCACUCCCCCCUUCAAUACAGCCCCCCACCCCCGGAUCAUCUAUGCAGCCCCUCCCCGUGGCCGUGGUUCAGGUGGGUCAACAGCCCAGCCUCACCCUCCCACUGCCUCUGUCUGGUUGUCACUGGAGCACCGGAGGGGUGCUACGGAGCACGGAUGUGGGGCAGAGCUUGUCUCCUGGGAGGGGUGACCCCUUCCCCAACUCGGGGCCAUUCAGCGCUAGAUUGCUGGGGAAGGGUUCCCAGGAACACACUAAGGGCAGAUCCCUGGGAUUCCCUCCGUCCUGGUGCCCUGCAGCACCUACACGCAGGGGUCACCUCGUCAACAUUCCCCUGGCACCAGCCACGAACCCCCCCCCUCCCCCAAUGUGCAGACACAAUCACUGCAGCCUGACAGGGGGAAUUGAGGCAAAGCUGCCCCACUCCCAGAUCAACUCACCUAAGCAAUAAUGUCUGGCGCUGGUCUGGACCCAGGGUUGUGGCACGUCACCUGUACAUAGAGGAUGCAUGAGAGCUCGGCCAUCGGCCUGGCUGACCUAGUUCCACAUUAAAUGUUACUAUGUCGCAUUCA